AUGUCGGGCGCCUCUGCUCCGGUCGUCAGUGCUGCGCAGGGCGCGGCUGGCGACGCCUCUGGUUCGGGCGGCUCGUCCAUGGCCAACCUUUGUUGUUCGUGUUCCAAGCCUCUGGGUGACAACGGAGUUUUGGUCUUCCGCGCUGGCCAAAAGAAGGCAGACGCAGGGGUCUUCAGGUGCAGGGUGUGCCACAAUUUGAAAAGCCGCAUGGGCCACAUGUUCACGAAGGGACUGCUCGAUCGCUCAAGGUUCAACGCGGUUGGGGUCGAUCAGAGGACCUCCAUCCUCGAGGGGGCUAAGCAUCUCUACGGCGACAAGCUCAAACUCUACAUCGAAGAGUCCCUCGAGCGCAUCAGCGAGACCAGUGAGACCAGCCUCUUCAAGGGCACUGGCGUGUUCAAGGACGAGAGCGAGUUGGAGACUAUGUUCAAGGAUAAGCCGAAUGUGCUGGCGGCGAUCUACCGCAACGCCAGGACAAUCACGUGCACCACGACUGAGCGGAAGUUGUGGGAACUCCCGACUUACGAGACAGUCCACGUUUACAAAGAGCAGACGACAGAGAUCCGGAAGCGCAAGGUCCACAACGAGUCCACAGCAAAAGCAGCGAAGCAGCCCAAAACAAAACCGGAGGAUGGGCCCAACGAUCCCGCGGGCCCGCCCAAGGACCAGAAGCAGCUGACGGCGUCGGACGCCAAGAGGCUGAUGGCUAAUAUAUGGGCCGAGGUGCAGGAGGAGAAACUCGCUUUCGGGGGCUUGGUCGCUAACGUGAAGGCUCCGGAGAUGUCCGAUUACAUUUCUGCCCGGACGCUCCAGGCCGCCAUUGAUGCUGAGGCGACGCUCGAGCAGCUCGAGAAAACUUUGGGCAUGGCUCUGACUGCUGAGACCGUGGCCAAAGGGUUCGUCAAAGAUGCCUGCGCCGAGGUGGCUUCGGCGCUGGAGGAGUGCAAGCGUCUGAAGCCCAGGGUCCAGGGGGCGCUGGACGAGAAGGCGGAGGAGGAGGGUGAGCCGGAAGAGGAGCAGCAGGAGGUUCCUGCCAGUGAGGGAGACACGAUGGUCGCUUAA